UCCAUUGUAGCAAUAUAUCUUUAAUGGGUACAGAAUGGAUUGUUCAGAUCUUAAAUGUACCAUUUUCAUAAGAACAGUAUUGCACACAGCACGUCUGGAUUGAUAUGGAUGAUUUGGAAACCUAAUAUGAUUACAAUUCCUGCUGGUCAAACGGGAACCGGAUUUCUGAAUACAUUCUUCGUAAGAACUAUAUAGUGUGUUGCAUUUGGGACAUUAUUGGAUACCUAUGAAAAUUGAUGUCGUCAGCAAAUCGUUUUCUCAUUACGUGUAAGGAGGAGGAGGACGGAAAGUGUUUGUGAAUUCGGCCUAUUAGAGGUGAGAGUUUACCUAACACAUAUAGAAGAACAGCCAUGAACUUGAUCAAGAAAUCAAUGGCGGAAUUCGGCAAAUGAUGUUUAGACUGCAAAAUAAAGAAGAAGCCAACUAUCCAUUUAACAAUUGACUGAGAACUUUGACUUUCACUGUCAUUUGUUUGAAACUCCGGAUUGGGUGGAGGUUUUUCACUCACGGUCGAAGAGUGUAUAUUAAUGCCGCCACUGUCUAGAUCUGAGUCUUCAUCGCUCAAUUCCCAUACUUCUUCGCCAUCACUCUCUGCCAUCACUCUCUGCAGAAGUAUGACAUUGUUUAGGAAGUUUCUACAUGAUUUAGAAGCCCAAAGGGCUGGUUGUAGUAUCCCGAAUGUAGUGAGGGUUCUACUAGCCAUGAGAAUUAAUAAACCAUGCAUUGGCAUUAUAAACUACAUACCUGAUGGUGCACUUUCUGUCUCACUAUUGUACUGCGUAUGUGGUACAUCUUCAGAGUCCAUAGAAUCCUCCACAAGCAAAAUACUACUAGCGCCAUUUGAGCUGGAGAAUGAUGGCAUCUUGAUCUCCCUCUAUAGUUAAUAUAGUGAUCAAUGACAGUAUUUUGUUGUCAAAUCAUAGAUGUACAGUCUAUACGGAUUCAGCUGUUGGAAUUUGCUUAUUGUUCCUAAAGACCUUAUACUUUAAACAGCCAUCAGUACAUUUAUAAUUUAUAGUGUAUACGUAAACAUCCAUCAGUAGUGUAAUUUUAAGGGAUGUAAUGUUCUCAAUCCAGCUUACCUUCCAGAGUUUUGCAUGAAUCUUGGUCAGCCACACUAAUCCAGGACUGAUCUGGCCUUUUAUAUAGUUUUUUGUGUCUCUUGUACACUUUAAUACACAGAUUUUGUUCGCAAUGGCCACAGUAGUGGUUGGAUCUGUGCCUGUGCUUCUUUUUUGCAGCCAAUUCUGCAACUGCAACCUUCAGUGUUAAUGAAUUAUGCCUCUUGAUCAACUUCUGGGACAUCGUAGAACUCUCUGUACUUCAGAUCAGUUUACAGCUAGCUUGAUAGUUGGAGACAGGAUAUUGAUUUACUUCCGCUGUUUAGACUGCGGAAGUCAAUCAACAUCCUGUCUAUAUAAAUGAAUAUCAUAUAUAAAUGAAUAUCUACAGCUAGUUUUAUUAGCUAGCUAGAGCAAAGUAGUUCUAUUGAUCAACAUCUGAGAAUGGCUGAAUUUUUGGACACUGAGGUUCAAAUGCAGAGUGACACCAACUUAUUUUCAAGUGAUGAGAGCGAACAUGCAACUGCAAGUGAGAGUGAUAUGAGCGACGUACUUAUGGUGCAGCACCGUAACAAAAAGCGUAAGACUUUAAUUCUCAGCGAUCUUUCUGGCGAUGAGGCGGCUCAAAAAGAAAACCGACCAAAGGUUAAAACUCACAAGAAAACGAAAAAGAAGUCCAGUCACUCCAGAAAACAGCAAUGCAGCGAAUCGAGCAUCCUUCUUGAGAUCAAGGACACUAACAAGCUCAUCAAGAAGUUAUCAAUUGAAUUGAAGCACCAAGAUUCUCGCUUGAAGGAGAUUGAAGAGAAACUUAAAGAGGCAGUAAGCGCAAGCUCCAGCUCUCAGUGUGCAACUCCCAGCCCAAGACGUACGCGUUCUGCAUUGAAAAGAGAAGUGCCUGUUGAAGUUAGGCGUGAAACCAGGAGAGUGUACCAUCUGCUACUAGAAGAUCCUGAGAACAACUUUAAUGGCUGGAAAAUAGAACCAGGAACCACAUAUAAGGACCCUCAGAACCAGUCUGUUGUGAAUAUUCUAAUUCAAGAAGUGAUGGGUCUUAAUUCUUCGUUUCUCACACAACAUAUUAGAGAUGCAGCCUAUAGGUUCUACCGCUCUCGAAAUGAGCAGAUUUCAGCUCAAAGAAGAGGAACUUUCAGUUUGAGGAGUAAAUCUAAGAGGCGCCAUGAGAAGCUUGCUCGAAAACUUCAAGAGAGGAAGAAGAUGCUGGAGGUGGGGUCUUUCAAAGACCCUGGUACGAAAGACAAGUGGCUGCCAAUAGUCACAAUGGACUUCAUGUCUAGUGAUGAAAGUGCAAGUGAUGAGGGAAAGGGGGUGCUACUAACAAAGCCACUACAAUGGGAGUCACUCACUGGAUGAUGCUGCAAUUGAGCAGAAAUCACCAUUGGCAAAGCGACAGAUGAAGCCAAGAAAGAGGGGUAUACCUUCUGAUAAGCCGAAACCUUGCGGAAACUAUCCAACAUGGACCUUUCUGGUUGAUAACUAGAAGGUUAUAAUUACCUGACCUUGAAUGCUUGCAAUUGUGAAUCAUCUUUUGAUUAAAAUGACCGUUGCA